CUUGUGCCAUAUUACUGCUGAGUGCUGGGUCCAUUUACUGUUUUGUAAUAUGUUUAAAUUGUUAAUUAUUACAGAUUUAAGAUGAUACAAUGGUUCAUGUGUUCUUUGAUUGAGCAUGCAAAAAUCUGUUUUUAAUAUAACACUAUAGUUUAACUAUAUAAACACAACAACUUUUAACAACGUAUUGUAAAAAUUUUUCAAAAAUGGAUGUCGUCGGCAGUGAAAUUGGGCAGAAAAUGCGUUCUGCCAUCAAAGCAAAAUUAACAGAGCUGGGCUGUUAUGUGGAUGAUGAGCUCCCCGACUAUGUAAUGGUGAUGGUUGCAAACAAACGCACACAACUGCAAAUGGAGGAUGACUUGCAACUAUUUCUGGGUGACAAUACUGAAUUGUUUGUCAACUGGCUGCAUCAAGUGCUCAAGAAACUGCAGGAAGUCACUGUAGCAGUCCCGCUCAAAAAUGACAAAGACAAACACAAGGAAAGAUCUGUAUCCAAAGAAAGGAAAUCCAAAGAGAAGAAAGAGAAAUCUAAAAAGAAUGAAGUCUUGAAAAAAGCUAAAAAGAAAGACAAGAUCAAAACACACAAGAAAGAAGAAAAGAAACUGCAUAAAAGUAAGAAAGAAAAGAAGAAGAGUCACGAGAGGAUACGGCCAAAUAUUCCUCCACUAUUGAUGAAUAUGGAAAAGGACUCUGAACCGUCAAUAACUGAUGUGUUUGCUGGACAGAUUCUUAAAAACCAUGGAGUAUCCCUGGAUUCUUAUAAAGAUGACUUGAAAAUUAUAGAGACCAAGCCUGUGCUGAAAGAAGCUAAAAGGCCAAUACUACCUAUUAUAGAUCCAGCUACUAUUCUUUCACAGUCUGAUGUUUCCAAUGAAGCAACAACUAAAGAAGUGUCAAGUAAAGAUUCUUCAAAUAGUCAACUAAAAGAAAUGAACGACAUAGAAGCUAAGAUUCAGGGUUUGAAACAAAAGUUGGUUGAACAGUUAGAUUCUAUGUCUGACGAUGAAGAUUUUUUGAAUAUCCGUACCGAGGCAGAGGAACUUAUGAAUGAUUUUGCUGAUGAUGUUUUACAGGAAAUUAGUCAACCAGCUAUAGCAACACCACCUAUAAAACCCACUUCCCCUUUACCCAAAACGCCGUCCGAACCCCCGAAAAUGCCAUCCGAACCCCCAAAACUGCCAUUUGAACUCCCAAAACCCGCAAAACGUCCACUAACACCUCCAAAAGAAACGCAUAAAGAGUCCCCAGAAAUUCUCCCACAAAUUGAACUAAAUCUUCCCAAAAGACCCAUCAGAGAACGGCUAGGAGCUCGGGAAAUAACCAAGAAACCAGAGGUUAAGGAAACAGAAAGGCAAAAGUCACGUAGCCCCGAAAGCUUUACACCAGAAAGAGAGCUUGAUUCACGGCCUCAAACAAAACCAGCUAGAAGCCGACUGGGAAGUCAGUCUUCGGAGACACACAGAAGGAUUUCUGUUUCUGAAGAUAGCCCUGAAAAGACUGAAUCUAGUUCUAAAAAGAUGACGUCAAGGGUGUCAGUACUAGAGCGGCCACGUGUUAGUUGUGCGUCCGUUGUACGCGUGCGGCCACGUCCGCGCGCGCCCGCGUCCAACCUGCUACUGCGGGCUGUUGCUGACGCGCAUAAGAGUUUGUUAAAUAUACCACCAAAAGUAGACCCAGAGCCUCAAAAAGUGAAGCGAGCGUUAGUGCUCCCUAUGCGACGGUGUGUAGAUGCUAAGAAUAUUGUCAUACAAGUAGAUAGGCAGACUGAUGAUAAUAAUUGUGAUAACAGCAGUAAACCUUCACACAGAUACAUUAGUGAAAAGAAAGAUGAUUGCUCUCCGUUACAAAUUACAAAGAGAAUUUUAAACACAGAGUAUGUCCCGAGUAGAACGGCGACUCGGAAGGAUGAUUCACUAAUCAUUGAAACUAUAAAUAUCCACAACCCAACUGUAGAUAAAGACAAAGACACACAAUUCAUUGUCACUAUGGAUGGAUAUCAUCCAAAUGCAUUCCUUGCUAAGAAACUCAAGACAGAAGGACUAUUAGAUGAUGAUGAUGAUGACACUACUAACCUUAAUACACCAAGAAUUACUAAAGCUAAAGAUACAGUUAGAAUAGAAACUAUGGAAGAUCAAGACAUGCAACCAAUAGAGACAGUUUCAACAAACAUAGAUACUGCUAAAACAAUUGAAGAAAAAGUAGAUGAGCCAGUAAUAGAAAAAGAAUCGGUUCCAAAACCAAUAGAUAAAGUAACAAAAGAUAAUGAUGAAACAUCGAAAGAAAGCUACAUAGUUCCAAAAGAUAAAGUUUUAAAAGUUAAAAAUAGUGAAGAGAAACGGAACAAAUUAAAAGAAAAACCUGUUCCCGUAGUGAGUGAAAAGAAAAGAUUGAGUGAUACAAGUGAAGAUAGUGAUACACAGGUUAUAAUAAAGAAAGAAGAUGAGAAAGGAGAAAAAAGGAAAAGUGUAGAAGUAGAAGGUGAGAAGGAAAAAAGUCCCCCAGUAAAGAAAAGAAAGGCAUCUCCCAUAGUGUUUGAUGUUGAUAAGAAAGAGAUAGAUAGACAAGUGAGAGAGAGGACGCUUAGUGCAAGCAGUGACAGUCAUGUUACUUUGAGUUCUGUGGCUAAUUCAAAUAAAUAUGAUUCAAUACCACCCUUAUCGCAAGCGGAACGCAAGGUGAUCUGGUGCCGCGCGUUCCCGCUGUGCCGCUACGGCGCGUCGUGCGCGUUCGCCCACCCGCGCUGCAAGUUCCUCGCGGCGUGCACGCGGCGCGGCUGCGCGUACUCGCACGAGCCGGCCGCGCCCGCGCUGCCGCAGCCCGCGCUGGCAUCUCACGUGGUCCCAGUGGCGAACUACAAAACAAUCUCGUCAGCGAUCCCAAGCAUGUGCAAGUAUUAUCCGAACUGCGCAAACCCGGCCUGCCACUUCUACCACCCGAAGCCGUGUAGAUUCGGCAAGGCUUGCGCAAACAAGCUUGAGUGCAACUUCUAUCAUAAUGAUGUCCCUAAAUAUCCUCUUUAAAUACAAGUUUUACAUAUGAA